UAAACACGUGCAGGUCCCUGGUUACAGGUUUCUGCUCAUUAUCCCUUCUCUACCAUCCCUCUCGCUCUUUCGCAUCAUUCCCCGACAACAGCAGCGAUGGCGGAACCCGUGGCAUCGGAGGCUACAGACGCAGCAUCCCCAUCCCCAACUCCAGCCCUUUCCCCGGCAGCUAGCCCAGGAUCCGAGCCUCCUUCCAUGGCGCUUUCUCCUUCAGCUGGAGGAUCUGAACGACUCCUUUUCACCCACGACCUAGUCUCAGGUCGGCAUCGUGGGUCGGUCCGAUUUGGCCUUGUGGUAAUGAUAUAUGGCGAGGAUGAUUUUGACUCCGAUUCGGACAUAGAUGUGGACAUAGCGGGCGAUGGCGGAGGUAAAGGAGGUGGUGGUGGCUGUGGGGUAUGUGCUGUCUCCGGUAACUCUGAUACAGAAAACGGUGCUGCGGACUCGCGGACACGGCCUCUGGGAAGAGGUUUCGUUCGGGUGCAGUGGUAUCCAGAUGGAGUAAAGCAAGACGUUCAUGAAACCAAGCUCAAACUUGAAGAUCGAUCCAUCGUGCCUAGAGACUUUGUACGACGGUUGAAUUCCAAUGAUAAACAGUGUGGCAUAGUCACCAACAUUAACAUUGAGUGUGCAGUGAAGCUGGUUGGAACCAACUGUGUCCUAUAUCCUGUCAGUAGUCGAGAUUUGCAACACAUAUGGACGUUUAUGUAUGGGGAUUACAUAGUAUACGACUUCUGGUUGGGGAAGGUAUACGACUUGAGCAACAAUAUAAUCUUGAAGCUUUCCAAUGGAGCCAGAUGUUCAAUGAGCGAGGAAGACGGGUCCAAACUCUACGACGUCUGUCCUCACGUCAGUGACUCUGGUCUCUUCUUCGACGAGGCGUACGGGUUCUACCCGGGUCAGGUUUUGAUCGGCCCGUCGAAGGUGUUUGCCAACGUGCAGUGGCUUUAUGGCGUAAAGCCAGUGUUGAGUAAGAAGACGAAGUUCCGAGUAGUAGUCGAAGAGGUGCAGGUGGUGGAGCUGAAGGUGACGUGGAUCACCAAGAGCUACUCCCCCAAGGGCUCCGACAGCGUCUACCCUCCGCCCUCCACCAUCACUCAGGAGAACCUCUGCAAAGUGAAGCGGUUGGGUUACUAUGACCACACGCAGAGGCAGCUGGGGGACCGGGCACUCUACGUGUUCCCGUCGAAGGUGGACGCCACCCGCAUCACCUGCGAGGGGCCAGAGGGGGCGCCAGUGCACCCAGAGGACCCCGUCUGCAGGAGGCUGAAGCGGAUGUUCAAGAAGGAGCUGGGCAGGAAGUCCGCAGACAGUGCAGAUUCACAUGGCAACCGUCUACAGCCGGGAGACAAGCCCGACCACGCCGACGGUGAAAAGCCAACGGAGGCCAAGCAUGAUGGGAUAGCGGAGGACCCCUCAGCGCCCCGUUGCCCUAACAACGGCCCCGUGGAGCGGCCCGACGGCGUGACGGACAAGGAGGUGCAGACGGAGCGCGCGGUGGCGCCGGUGGCGGGCGAGGAGGGCCAGGGCGAGACGCCGGGCGAGCUGGACUCGGACGCCGAGGCGGACGACACGGACGACACCAGCUCCAUCACGUCGUCGGCCAGCUCCACGGCCUCGCUGCAGAGCACGGGCCUGGGCCACAACCGCAAGAAGAGCAUCCCGCUGUCCAUCCGCAACCUCAAGAGGAAGCACAAGAAGAAGAGGACCAAGUUCUCCCGCGAGUUCAAGCCCGGCGACAGGGUGGCGGUGGAGGUCGUCUCCACGGUGACCUCGGCUGACGUCAUGUGGAAGGACGGCCGACUGGAGACGGUCAUCCGCUCCAAUGACCUCAUCCCCAUCCAGCACCUGGACAACCACGAGUUCUGCCCCGGGGACUACGUAGUGGACAAGCGCUCCUCCGCUCCUCAGGACCCAGGGCUGUAUGGGGUCAUCCAGUCAGGUGACCACAAGGGCAGGACGUGUGCCGUCAAGUGGAUCAAGCUCAACGCUGCGGGCGACGACGUAGAGGUGAUUGGUGAAGAGGAGGAUGUCAGUGUCUACGACAUCGCUGAUCAUCCAGACUUCCAUUUCCGCACCACGGAUAUAGUCAUCAGAAUAGUCAACCCCGACCCAGAGGACUGCGAAAACGACAGUACGUCGGUGGGUCACGUGUCCAGAGUGGACGUCAGCAGUAAGGUGGAGGUGGUUUGGGCCGACAACUCCAAAACCAUCGUACUGCCACAGCACCUGUAUAACGUGGAGUCGGAGGUGGAGGAGUCGGACUACACGUCGGUGGAGGGCAGCAGCAGCGACGCCUCCUCCGAGUGGGAGUGGGAGGACGAGAGCGACAGCUGGGAGACGGUGGAGGAGGAGCACAAGGACGACCAGGCGCCCGCCCCCACGCCCGCCGCGGCCACCGCCACCGCCCCCGAGAAUGUGCCCCUGACGCCGGUCAGCGGAGACGCCCCGGGGGCUAUCGGAGCCGUGACCCCCGACCCUUCGGCCGCUUCCGCCACCGCCGCCGCCACGACGCCGGGGGCGGCGGAGGAGAAGCCCGGUAAGGAGGGCACGGCGCGGGGCCUGCGGGAGCUGAAGGAGGCGCUGAAGAUCCUGGAGAGCCUGAAGAACAUGACGGUGGAGCAGCUGUGGACCGGCUCGCCCACCUCCCCGACCUCCGUGGAGCCCUCGGCCGCCACGCCCGCCUCGGCCGCCGCCGCCGCCACAAUCGCCACCACGCCGGCCGCCGCCGAGCCGGGCGCCAAGCCCACCAAGGAGAAGCGCUUCCUGGACGACAUCAAGAAGCUGCAGGAGAAUCUCAAGAAGACGCUGGACGUCGUGGCCAUCGUGGAGGAGGAGCGCAAGGAGGGCGCGGCCGAGGAGGAGCAGCAGCAGCGGCCCAACAACGCCAACGCCGCCGCCACCAACACCUCCUCCUCCUCCUCCUCCGCCGCCGCCGCCGCCUCCUCCCAGCCGCAGGCCGAGCCGCAGACGCCCGUGCGCUCCGAGUGGCCCAGCGACACGCCGGUGCUGUGCCAGCAGAGCGGGGGCAAGCCUGGCGUCACCUUCACCAGCGCCAAGGGAGAGGUGUUCUCCGUGCUGGACGAGGCCCCAGAGACCCACACCUUUAAGAUCAUGGAGUUCCAGCCGGCCGAGGCCAAGAAGUUCUUCAGCACCGUGCGGAAGGAGAUGGCUCUGCUGGCCACCUCUCUGCCCGACGGCAUCAUGGUCAAGACCUUCGAGGACCGCAUGGACCUGUUCUCAGCUCAGAUCAAGGGGCCCACACGCACCCCGUACGAGGACGGGCUCUUCCUGUUUGACAUCCAGCUGCCCAACAUCUACCCCGCCGUGCCCCCCCUCUUCCGCUACCUGUCCCAAUGCAGCGGCCGCCUCAACCCCAAUCUCUACGACAACGGCAAAGUGUGCGUCAGCCUGCUAGGCACCUGGAUUGGCAAGGGCACAGAGAGGUGGACCAGCAAAUCUAGCCUGCUACAAGUGCUCAUCUCCAUCCAAGGUCUCAUCCUGGUCAACGAGCCGUACUACAACGAGGCCGGCUUCGACAGCGACCGGGGGCUGCAGGAGGGCUACGAGAACAGCCGCUGCUACAACGAGAUGGCGCUGAUCAAGAUGGUGCAGUCCAUGACCACGCUGCUGCUGCACCCGGUGGAGGUCUUCCAGCAGGAGAUCCGCGAGCACUUCCACGCCUGCGGCUGGCGCCUGGUGCACCGGCUGGAGUCCUGGCUGGAGCUGGACGGCGCGGUGGUGGAGCGCGGCAGCGGCGGCGGCGGGGGCAAAGCGGGCACCACCGGAGGAGGUGGAGGAGGAGGGUGCUUCCGAGAGCCUCUGGAGGAGAUGCCCAAGGCGCUGGCGCACAGCAGCCCCAGCCGGGACGAGGACCUGGAGGACUCGGGCCUCAGCCACUCCACCACGGCGGCCGCCGCGGGCUCCACCGGCAGCGCCUCCACCUCCGCCCUGCAGCAGGACCUCAGCCAGAGCUCGGACUGCGAGGGCUCCGCCGCAGCCGGGGAGGGUUCGGACGGAACGACGACCACAACGACGACGACAGACGCGGGGGCUGGGGCGACGGCGGCGGCGGCGGUUGCAUCGACGCCGGGCGGGACGUCAAGCGGCGCGGCGCAAACCAAGGAGUCUCAGCCCAUGGUGGUCAGACCAAAGAAGCGGAGAAAGAGCUACCGCAGCUUCCUGCCCGAGCGCAGCGGCUACCCGGACAUCGGCUUCCCCCUCUUCCCGCUCUCCAAGGGCUUCGUCAAGAGCAUGUGCGGGGUGCUGCUGCAGUACCGGGCCGCCCUCAUCGCUGCGGGCAUCCCCGAGCACAGAGAGGACAAAUAACAACCCCCUUAUGCCCCCCCACCGCCCACCGCCCUCGCCCCCCUCUCCUCAAACCCCUCCAGUCGUCUCUGCUUCUUGGCACUACUACAAAAAAAUGCCCCCCCCCUUCUCACCUGCCUGCUAAAAGCUGCACUGUGCCCCCCUCUUGCUCUCUCUCUCUUUCCCUCUUCAGCCAGCUGCAUCCCUCUCUCACCUGCUCUGUCAUGCUUUCCCUCUCUCCUCUCUCUUUUUCUCUCUUUCUCUCUCUCCCUCUCUCUCUGUCUCCCUUUCUCUCUCUCUCCCUCGGCCCCUUGGUGUUCCUGAAGCGGUGUGUCCCAGCAGCCUACUGCCUUUACCUGUGACCUGAGGAGACCCUCGUCGCCUUGUCUUUGUACUGAAAUGCCUAACUAGAGCCCCUUCCCCUCCCACCCCCACCCUUCCCCACAAGCUGUGUUCGUACCCAUUCUGAGUUCCUUGAGCAUCUCGAACAUAAGCUAAGGGGGACACCCCACCCCCACACCCCACUAAGUCCCUUUUUGACAAAUCCUGUACCCACAAACACCCCCUCCCCACCCACCUGAUGUUGUUCACUGAUACUCUGGUCGCUCAGGGAGACAUGGACACAGAAGGCGCGGCUAGGCCACACGUGGGGAAGGAGGCUGAAAUGGACCGUUUUGAGACCCAAUCGAGUCUUGACUGAGCCAUUCGCAAGCCCUUAUUGAGCCUUCGGUGUGUGAUUUCAGUUUCUCAGAAGGGUCUUUGGUGGGCGGGCAGGCAGGCAGGAAGGCAUAGAUCCAACCAAAGCCAGAAAAAGAAGGCUGUUGAUUUCUGAGAUGCUGUUGGUUGGGCCCCCGAAGUCCUGCACUUGACUGCUGCGGGAGGUCCCUGGUAGGCCAUUCAUCGAACUGUUACCACACAAAUGGGUUUGCACAAGUUAGCCCAGACUGCCCUAGCUGAAAAAAAUGAUGGAUGUUGUUCUCAUUUUCAUCAGUGUUGCCAUGACAUCAACUGACUUGUAGCCCAGUCUGACUGUAGUCUUUGCUUCCAUUUUAUGGACUACAUAUCCCAGCAAGACUUAAGUCUCUGGUCCUUGUCUUCAUAGCCCAUUUUGCUUUGUUAUACUUUUUUUUUUUUUGCUACGUUUUUAACCAGUUUGGUCAACAAUCUGAUUUGAAAAUUUACUAUGAAGUCUUUAAAAGUUGAUGUUCCUGAUAGUUUUCUUUUGCCCUAAACCUGCACACAUGCACCCAUACACAUCGAGAAUGUUUGAAAACUGCCCAGACACUUAGCUUCACAACAACAACAACAACAACAACAACAACAACAGACCGUGCUACUUUUUCUUGGCACCUUGCACCAAAAACCACAUAGAGAUUUUGAGUGACAAGUUUACAUUACUAAAGCCAGAGACCUGUUGCACUUUCUUGCCGUUCUUAACUCUUAACUCUUGACCAGGUACCACACUUCGUGUAACGUGUAGAAUGACGCUAGACACAGUCAAAGCUGGAGCUCCAGAACAGCUGGGGACCUAUGGCCAUGUACAGCUCAUUCCAUCUUUUAAGUACUUUUAAGAACACUUCUUUCAAAAAAAAAAAAAAAAAAGAAAUGACUUCAUACAAAGUUUUCUAUGUAUUUGCAUUGACUUAACCUCAUCUCCAUUUUUUUUUGUUUUGUUUUGUUCCCUUUUGUUUUUGAAAUGCACUUGAAAAUACUCUUGGAAGUAUCUGCCCCCCCUGCCCUGGACAGCGCCCUCUACAGGGUGGGCAGACCUCUCAGACACAAUCGGUCCCAGCAUGGUCCCCCCUCUCCCUCGACAUGUCCUCCUUUUUUUACGAUGCUGUGUCUCAUGAACAUGUUGCCUUACUUGAAAUGAGUUUUGGAGCUCAACACCCAUAGCCGACCAGGUUCCACCUCAUCAUCAACCUCUUCACCCAAUCAGCACGCGUUACUUCUGUCGAGUCUUAGCCGGAUCCCAGCCGAAGCGAGGGGGCUUUCGCAAAGGUUUUUAGGAUUUAUUAAAUAUUGAUUUCCACUCUGGUCUCCGGAAACACUUCAUGCUGACUUUGCAUCCCGAGCAGCUCCCAUCUCUGGCUUUUGUAGAGGGACGUCUCAUUUGCCUCAUCUAAAAAGAGGUUCAUUGCCACUGUACGCAAGGCGAUGUUUCAGUGAGGUUUUUAGGUCGUUUAGACCUCCAUGGCUGAUGAAGGGGGGUGUUUGGGAAAUACUCAUAUGCUUAGAUUAUCUUUUUUAUUAUUAUUUUUUGAGAAGCACUAGAUAAGAUGGUUUCUAAUCAGAACACUGUUCUUGCCAACUGGAAAAAAAAAAAAGGUCAGCAUUCCUAAAUCAUUAUUUGCUGACUGCCAUUGUUGUGUUUUACCUGUUGUUUGUAUUGUAUUGAUUGAAACUUGAUUUAAUGCAUUUAUGUUUAUAAUGUUGAUAAUAAAUGAGGCAGUAUUACUACAAUGUAGCACUCUUAUUAACGCCAAUCCUGUGGCCGCCCCACACGGCCACCAGGGAGCAGUAGACCACCGGUGCAGACCGCCGGCAGUGGGCCAGGUGCUGGUGGUGGUGGUUGAGGCGCAGUCGUUUCAACUCUCUGAUUCUGCUUGAAUUUUUUUUUUUCCA